CACUCUCCUCCUAUAUUCCCUGUGAUUUCCUCUCUCAAAAUUUUCUUUUCGAAAAAACAAAAAAACCCACUGAUUUUCUCUCUCUUUACACAAAAGCCCUUUCAAUAUUCCUCAAUUUUCUUCUUCAGCUCAAAAUUUUUAGGGUUUUAUCUCCGGUGAUUUCUCGGCGAGAUCUCCUACCAGGAGAUGUCUCGAGUGGAAGAUUUGUGGGAACGGUUGGUGCGAGCAGCACUACGUGGACAUAGGGCUGCCGCUGGGAGACCGGCAGGAGGCAUUUCUGCGAAUGUCCCAUCUUCCCUCGCUAAUAACAGGGACAUAGAUGACAUUCUAAGAGCUGCGGAUGAGAUUCAAGACGAGGACCCAAAUGUGUCAAGAGUAUUAUGUGAGCAUGCCUAUUCCUUGGCUCAAAGUUUGGAUCCUAACAGUGAGGGGAGGGGUGUCUUGCAGUUCAAGACUGGUUUGAUGUCUGUAAUCAAGCAAAAGCUAGCGAAGCGGGAGGGUGGCACCAUUGAUAGAAGCCAGGAUAUUACUCUCUUACAAGAAUUCUACAAACGGUACAGAGAAAGGCAUAAUGUGGAUAAGUUACGAGAGGAGGAACUGAAAUUGAGGGAAUCUGGUGUCUUCAGUGGUAAUCUGGGAGAAUUGGAGCGUAAGACUGUCAAAAGGAAAAAGGUUUUAGCGACUCUUAAGGUUUUGGGAAAUGUCCUCGAACAGUUGACUAAGGAGGUUUCACCCGAAGAAGCAGAUCGCUUAAUACCCAAGGAGCUUAAACGCAUGAUGGAAACAGAUGCUGCUAUGACUGAGGACAUUGCUUACAAUAUUAUUCCCCUUGACACCACUUCGACUACAAAUGCUAUUGUGUCUUUCCCUGAGGUACGUGCGGCAGUAUCAGCUCUGAAGUACUUCAGAGGCCUACCAAAAUUGCCUGGAAAUUUUUCUUUACCAUCAACAAGGAGCGUUGAUUUGUUUGAUUUUCUGCAUUACACUUUUGGAUUUCAGCAAGACAAUGUUUCCAAUCAGCGCGAACAUAUUGUUCUCCUCCUUGCAAAUGAGCAGACCCGGCUUAGUAUUCCUGAAGAACCUGAACCAAUAUUGGAUGAGGCUGCUGUACAGAAGGUCUUCUUGAAGUCCCUUGAUAACUAUAUCAAGUGGUGCAACUAUUUGGACAUCCCACCUGUGUGGAGCAAUUUGGAUGUAGUUAGCAAGGAGAAGAAGUUGUUAUUCAUUUCUUUGUAUUUCUUAAUCUGGGGUGAAGCUGCUAACAUUCGAUUCGUUCCAGAAUGCUUGUGCUACAUAUUCCAUCAUAUGGGAAGGGAACUGGAGGAGAUACUACGACAGCAGGUUGCACAGCCUGCUAAGAGCUGCAUGUCUGAUAAUGGCGUGUCAUUUCUUGAUCAAGUAAUAUGUCUUGUUUAUGAUGUCAUUGCGGCGGAGGCUGGAAACAAUGAGAAUGGAAGAGCACCUCAUUCUGCUUGGAGAAACUAUGAUGAUUUUAAUGAGUAUUUCUGGUCCCGUCAUUGCUUUAAGCUUGGCUGGCCAUGGCGGAAGAAUUCUUCCUUCUUCCUGCAUCCAACGCCCUCAAAGAAUAUUCUUAAAUCUGGAGGUGGCAAGCGCAGGGGAAAAACUUCUUUUGUUGAGCACCGGACAUUUCUCCAUCUUUAUCACAGUUUUCAUCGUCUUUGGAUGUUUCUUUUCAUGUUUUUCCAGGGAAUGACUAUCUUUGCCUUUAAUAACGAGCGAUUCAACUUUAAAACACUGAAGGAAGUUUUGAGUCUAGGACCUACGUAUGUCGUGAUGAAGCUUAUCGAGAGUGUUUUGGAUGUUAUCAUGAUGUAUGGUGCAUACUCUACAUCAAGACGCGUAGCUGUCAGUCGGAUUUUCCUUCGUUUUAUUUGGUUCAGCAUAGCUUCUGUAUUCAUAUGUUUCCUUUACGUGAAAGCUCUUGAAGACAAUAGCAACCAAAAUUCCAACUCAACUGUCUUCAAAAUUUAUGUUGUUGUCCUUGCAAUCUAUGCUGGAGUUCAGUUUUUUGUCAGCUUUCUGCUGCGGUUUCCAGCUUGUCAUCGUUUAACAAAUCGAUGUGAUAGUUGGCCCGUGGUUCGUUUCAUCAAGUGGAUGCACCAGGAACACUAUUACGUUGGCCGGGGCAUGUAUGAGGGAACUUUCGACUUCAUCAAGUAUAUGGUUUUUUGGCUUGUCGUCUUGGGAGGAAAAUUUGCUUUUGCCUAUUUUCUUCUGAUUAGGCCGUUGGUUGAGCCGACGAGAUCUAUACUGGAUAUGGAUAUUCAGCAGUACUCUUGGCAUGAUUUUGUUUCUAAAAAUAAUCAUAAUGCACUGACGGUUGCAAGCUUAUGGGCACCGGUUUUUAUCGUUUACCUGUUCGAUACUCAUCUAUUUUACACUGUUUUAUCGGCUAUAUGGGGCUUUCUUCUGGGAGCACGAGAUCGCCUUGGGGAGAUACAAUCGUUGGAUGCUAUGCAUAAACGUUUCGAGGAAUUUCCCGAGGCUUUUAUGGACAGUCUUCAUGUGCCUCUUCGAAAUAGGGUGUCGCUUCUGUCUUCUGGUCUGGUUUUGGAAAGAAACAAAGCUGAUGCUGCUCGAUUUGCACCUUUCUGGAAUGAAAUCAUCAAGAAUCUGAGGGAAGAAGAUUAUAUUACUAAUUUGGAGAUGGAACUGCUUUUGAUGCCUAAGAAUUCUGGGAGUCUGCCCUUGGUCCAAUGGCCGCUUUUCCUAUUAGCUAGCAAGAUAUUUCUCGCAAAAGAUAUUGCUGUGGAGAGUAAAGACUCCCAAGAUGAGUUAUGGGAUAGGAUUUCAAGGGAUGAUUACAUGCAAUACGCGGUUGAAGAGUGCUAUUACGCCAUCAAGUUUGUUCUUACAUCCAUAUUAGAUGAUGAAGGAAAUGAUGAAGGAAAGACAUGGGUUGAAAGAGUAUAUGAGGACAUUCGUGGGAGCAUAGCUAAAAGGAGUAUUAAUGUGGAUGUUGAACUGAAUAAGCUGCCACUGGUGAUUCAGAAAGUUACUGCACUGAUGGGAAUACUGAAAAAGGAGCAUACACCGGAGCUUGAAAGUGGGGCUGUUAAAGCUAUUCAAGAUCUGUAUGAUGUUCUGCGACUUGAUGUUCUUCGCUUUAAUAUGAGAGAACACAUUGAGACAUGGAACAUUUUAUCAAAGGCAAGGAAUGAAGGCCGGUUGUUCUCAAAAUUAAAGUGGCCGAGAGAUCCUGAGUUGAAGGAACUGAUUAAAAGACUCCAUUCGCUUCUAACUAUUAAAGAAUCUGCUGCCACCGUACCUAAGAAUCUUGAGGCUAGACGCCGGUUAGAGUUUUUCACCAAUUCUCUUUUCAUGGAUAUGCCUGUAACAAAACCUGUCCGUGAGAUGUUAUCCUUCAGUGUGUUCACGCCAUAUUAUUCGGAAACUGUUCUUUACAGCAUGUCGGAACUCCUAAAGAAAAAUGAAGAUGGAAUUUCUAUUCUAUUUUACCUUCAGAAAAUAUAUCCAGAUGAAUGGAAAAACUUUCUUGCUCGAAUCGGCCGUGAUGAGAAUGCCUCAGAGACAGAACUUAAUGAUAACCCAAAUGACAUUCUUGAACUUAGGUUUUGGGCAUCAUACCGUGGGCAAACAUUGGCCAGAACUGUUCGUGGAAUGAUGUACUACAGGAAAGCGCUAAUGCUGCAAUCAUAUUUGGAACGGAUGAUGACUGGAGAUUCUGAAGCAGGAAUCCCACCAAAUGGAACAACGGAUACUCAAGGAUUUCACUUGUCUCCUGAAUCAAGAGCACAGGCAGAUCUGAAAUUUACAUAUGUUGUCACAUGCCAGAUAUAUGGAAAACAGAAAGAAGAGCAAAAACCUGAGGCUGCAGAUAUUGCAUUACUAAUGCAAAGAAAUGAGGCUCUCCGAGUUGCUUUCAUUGAUGAGGUUGAAACUCUUAAAGAUGGAAAGGUGAAUAAAGAAUACAUCUCAAAGCUUGUAAAGGCUGACAUCAACGGCAAAGAUAAGGAAAUCUACUCAAUUAAACUGCCUGGAAAUCCUAAACUUGGUGAAGGAAAACCGGAAAAUCAAAAUCAUGCAAUUAUCUUUACACGUGGAAAUGCAGUGCAAACAAUUGACAUGAAUCAGGAUAACUAUUUUGAAGAGGCUCUGAAGGUGAGAAAUCUUCUUGAGGAGUUCUUCCUUAAUCAUGGCAUUCAUCCCGCUACAAUUCUUGGUGUUAGGGAGCAUGUGUUUACUGGCAGUGUUUCUUCGUUGGCAUCCUUCAUGUCUAACCAAGAAGCAAGCUUUGUGACUAUGG